AUGUUUCAGGAGGGACUGUUGACCCUCGGGCCACCCCUGGACCAGGACCAGGACCCGGAACCUGGACCUGAUCUGCCUGGGCCUGGGGACUGGGACUGGGACGACCGCGCACCUGCACCUCCUGCACCUGCCUCUGGCCCUGCACCUGCACCUGCGCCCGCGCCCGCGCUUUGCACUUGCAGGGGUUUUGUCGUAGGAAAAGAACGUCCAGGCGGCGACAUUGGCACACUAGGACUAAAAAUCCCCCAGGGCAGAACCUCACGAUCCUCGCCGCUCACCGUGAAUUGCAACAUCUCGCCUGCUCCUACCUGGCUCCUCCACCCCGUUCGCAGCUCCCAUUGCCUGCGUACCUACAAGAAAAUGGCUCCCCGUGCCGAGCAGAGCCAAUUGAAGCGCGCUGCCGGUUCGCCCGCAGAGCACGAACCUGACUCGUCCAAGAAAGUUCGCCGAUCCGAGCGCCUGUCGUCGCAACAGCACUCGGUCAAGACACCCGUCAACACCAAGCAGCAGCUGCCCUCACCCGUAACACACAUCUCCCCCGAGGACAGCAGCUCGCGCUUCAAGGAGGGUACCGCCACCCCGCCCGAGGGCCGCCCCAGCCAGGUCCUCACCAAGAGCCAGGAGACCUAUUCCCAAGUUCAAGGCUUCUCGUCGCCACCUCAGGACACCCAGGCCUUCUCUCAGCAGGUCAUAGACCCGAACGAGCCAUACUCGAAAGAAGUCAAGGAUGAGGUCAAGGAAGGAGUCUGGGGAUAUCUAUUCCCUCUGAACACGAAAUAUGGUGGCAAGUGCCUGGUGAUGAGGAAGAGAGCUGCGUGUCCGAGGUCAGAUGCGCUGAGCGAUGGCGGACAGAAGAAGAAAGGAGCCAAGAAGUCGCCCAAGGAGCAGGAGGAGAGCUUCGAGCACACCAAGCUCAGCGAUGCUCCCUCUGGUGGUUACUUAAUAGGCCGCCAUCCGGAGUGUGAUAUUGUCGUGGAUGAUCCUAGCGUCUCAAAUCGCCAUUGCUUGCUAUUCACAGAGCACAAGACCCAUGACACUGUUGCAAUAGUGGAGGAUCUGUCGAGCAACGGCACCUUUGUCAACGAAGCGAUCAUUGGUCGGAACCAACGGCGAGAGCUGAAGGAGGGUGACGAGAUAGCAGUGCUGGACAAGGCGCGUUUCAUCUUCAAGUAUCCCAAGGCCCGGCAGAGCAACGCAUUCCUCCAGCAGUACACCUUACUCGAGCAGCUGGGCAAGGGCCAUUUUGCUGAAGUCUUCCUGUGCGUUGAGAAAGCGACCGGAACGAGAUAUGCUGUCAAGAUCUUCACAAAGACUCCGGGCGUAGAGGAUCGAUCAAAGACGGACGGUCUGCAGCAGGAGAUUGCUGUUCUUAUGGGUGUCAGCCAUCCCAAUGUGCUGUGCUUGAAAGACACCUUCAACGAGAAGCACGCUGUCUUCCUCGUGCUCGAGCUCGCGGCAGAGGGAGAGCUUUUCAACUUCAUCGUAAUGAAGCAGAAGCUGAGCGAGAAUGAGACGCGGAAGCUGUUCAUCCAGCUGUUCCAGGGAAUCAAGUAUCUGCAUGACCGAAACAUUGUUCAUCGUGACAUCAAGCCCGAGAACAUCCUGAUGGUGGAUCGCGACCUUCACGUCAAACUUGCAGACUUUGGCCUCGCGAAGAUCAUCGGCGAGGAGUCAUUCACCACCACGCUCUGCGGCACGCCAAGCUACGUGGCACCAGAAAUCCUUGCCGAUACCAGGCAUAGAAAGUACACGAAGGCCGUCGAUAUCUGGUCACUCGGAGUCGUCAUGUACAUCUGCCUCUGCGGGUUCCCGCCAUUCUCAGAUGAGCUGUACUCGCAGGACUUUCCAUACACACUGUCACAGCAGAUCAAGAGCGGCAGAUUCGACUAUCCUUCGCCGUACUGGGACUCCGUCGGCGACCCUGCUCUUGACUUGAUCGAUUCUAUGCUUGUUGUCGACCCGGAGAAGCGGUUCACUGUCGACCAAUGCCUGGACCACCCGUGGAUGACUGCCAAGGGUCCCGCAGUAAAUGACAGCACCGACGGCUUGGUUGGCGGCGUUAACGGGCUUGAUCUCCAGCGCCGCGGUGUCGUCCGCGAGCGCACUCUACUCAGCAGCAUCAACUCGGUCCGAGUCAAAGAAGUCCCUGGUGUCAACGGCAAGGAUCCUGUCACUGUGUACAAGAAGAAUACUCGGCCGGUGGUUGCGGAGCCCAGACCCUUCGACGGUAGGGACCCGGAGGAGUUCGUGGCAAUGGGCGGCAAGGGCGAUGAAACCCUUUUCAGUCAUGAUGCGAACAGCCACUACACCAAGGAUGACCUUCCAGAAGAGCCAGGUCCAGCGACGACAUCAACCAAGAACGCCAAUGGAGUGAAGCCGAAGGCUGUCAAGGGAAAGGCGGCCAAGGGAAACAAACAAUAG